UUAGUCAAUUUUCGAUAUUCCGGACAUCGCUGGACAAAAUGCUCACCUACGCAACAGUAUGUCGAGUGAAAAUGGCACUGCAUCGUGAUCGUCCGACUUGGAUGAGUACUAUUAGAGCUCGCAAAGUACUAUUGUGGAUGUGUCUAUUCCCCUAUCUUCUGCUUAGUGACUGUUACGAAGAAUCCAGUGAACACAGUGAAGAAGACACCUCGAAGCUCAUACGCAUCGAUGGCGACGUCAUAUUCGGUGGAAUAUUUCCGAUGCACGAACAGGUUGCUGGAGUGGGUGGUGAAUCACCAUGUGGUGCUGUGAAAGAGGAAAAGGGGGUACAACGCCUGGAGGCCAUGCUCUUUGCUCUUGAUGAGAUAAACAUGAGUAACGAUUUAUUACCAAAUACAACCAUUGGAGCACUGAUUCUCGACUCGUGUAGCAGUGAUACAUACGCCCUUGAUCAAAGCAUGGAGUUUGUGAGAUCCUACAUGAAUCAGGAUAUGUCGGAGUACAGAUGCGAGGAUGGCCGACCCCCACAGUAUACACCCCACAAAUCUGUGACAGGAGUCAUUGGAGCAUCUUUCAGUGUCGUAUCGAUAAUGGUUGCCAAUAUUCUCAGGCUCUUCAAAAUACCUCAAUUGAGCUAUGCGUCUACGAGCACCGAGCUCUCGGAGAAGAGCCGCUUCGAGUAUUUCAGUCGAGUCGUGCCACCGGAUAAUUUCCAAGCACAGGCAAUGGUUGAAGUGGUACAUCAACUCGGUUGGAAAUACGUGUCUACUGUGGCGGUUGAGGGUGAUUAUGGAGAGAAAGGAAUAGCGAGUUUUAUCAGUUUGGCCGGUGAAUACAGCAUAUGCAUAGCAGUGAGUGAAAAAAUCUUGAGAAAUUCUCGUAACGAGGACUUUGACCGGAUAAUUGAACGACUUAACUCCAAGCACAAUGCAAGAGGCGUUGUACUUUUUGUUGAUGAGGAUAAUGUGAGGAAGCUGUUGCAAGCUACCAUCAGAGCUAACCGAACUGGUCAUUUUAUGUGGGUCGGCAGUGACUCGUGGGGUGCUAAAGUUCAUCCAGUCAGAGACCAGGAAAUUGCAGCUGAGAGUGCAAUAACAAUUCUACCAUUUCGUAAUCGUCUCGAUGAUUUUGACGUCUAUUACAAAAAUCUCCGACCACGAGUUGGGGAUGAGUGCGAGGGCCAGAUGGAGAGGAAUGUACCACAUGCCAAAUUACCCGGGAAAAUAGUCAAUUGUCGUAAUGUAUGGUUUAGAGAAUUCUGGUCACAGCAUCACAAGUGUACAUUCGGUGGUUCAACCUCUCAAUUCGGACUUAAAAGAUGCACUGGCGACGAAAUUAUGAACGAGUACGAUCAGGAGGGUCUUGUCCCUUUUGUAGUGGAUGCAGUUUAUGCAAUGGCACACGCAGUGCACAAUUACAUUGACGAUGAGUGUGUCAAAGCUGAAGGAACAAUGCACCACCUGUGCGAUAAACUAGCACCAGCACCACCCGGUCAACAUCUUCUCCAGUACAUACGUAAUGUAACAUUCGUCGGUCGUCAGGAGACGGAAAUAAGAUUCAAUUCUGACGGGGAUGCCUACGGGUACUACAACAUUUAUCAGUAUCAGAGGAAUGAAGAGGGCCGGUUCGAUUACACGAGAAUUGGAUCUUGGAAGGAAAUACUCACUCUGGAUAUUAACAUGACGAGGUGGACCGGGGGUCCUGGUGAGGCUAAUAUACCCCGCAGUACCUGCAGCGACAAUUGUCCGCUGGGUCACGUUCGUAAUUUCCAGGAUGCGUGCUGCUGGAGUUGCAUGAGCUGCUCGGAAACGGCGUACGUUUACAAUGACACCUGUCACAUCUGCGAGCCAGGAUGGGCCCCUGAUAUCUGGAAAUCUAAAUGCAUUAAAGUACCCGCGGAAGUUAUCCACUGGCGGAGUCCGUGGGCAAUAGUGCCACUUGCUUUUGCUGCCAUCGGAAUACUCAGUACUCUAUUCACUUUCAUGGUUUUUUUGCGGUUCAAUGAUACACCAGUCAUAAAGGCCUCGGGACGAGAGCUCUGCUACGUCUUACUCGUUGGAAUUCUCUCCUGCUAUGCAAUGACUUUCAUCAUUCUGAGUGAACCUACGAGUUGGAACUGCACGUACUUACGCAUUGGAUUGGGUUUGUGCUUGAGCAUCUGCUACAGUGCCAUACUAACAAAAACAAUUCGUAUAUCACGUAUAAUAAAUGUGGAUAAAAUAUCAGUGAAAAGGCCAUCAUAUACCUCCCCAAGGAGCCAAGUGGCAAUUGCUAUUGGAAUAACUUCGGUUCAACUGAUCGGUGCAAUAGUCUGGCUAAUGAUAGAAGCACCGGACAUCAAAGAGAUUCAUCCAAGUCCAUUGACAGCAGUCCUCACUUGUCGUGUAUCAACGUUUUCACUGAUGAUGUCACUAGUAUACAAUAUGCUACUCAUUCUCAUGUGCACAUUGUAUGCAUUUAAAACCCGAAAAAUACCAGCUAAUUUCAAUGAAGCCAAAUACAUCGGUUUCACGAUGUACUCGACGUGCAUCGUGUGGCUGGCAUUUGUACCUAUUUAUUUUAGUAGUUACAACGAUUAUACGAUUCAAAUAGCGAGUAUGUGUAUGUGCAUCAACAUCUCAGCUACGGUAGUCCUGGGAUGUCUGUUCACCCCGAAAGUAUAUCUCGUAAUCUUUCAGCCGGAAAAGAACAUCAGGCCAGGCCAUCCGAACAUGGCGCCUGGUGCCCCCGGGGGUCCUGCUGCUGGUCUAGGUCACCUAAAUCGACAGAUUUACAGUAUGCGUUUCACGGGCCCCAGGAGUCAAACAAUGCAGAGUGUAACGUCGUAUUCGAGGAGUAGUCCAACAAGACACAGUCAGCCAGACGUCAAAGCAAUAAAUGGAGAAUCUCAACUGCCUGCAAGCCCAUCCUGCGAUGAAACUUCCUUCAGCUAGGUUCAAUUACCCCUCCCCCCGAGUCCUAAGGUACCAGAUAAUACACCUCAAGGGGAGGCAUUUGUAAACAAUAGUGGUGUUAAUAGUCAUGCUGAUGAGGAUGUCAUUCAGUUCACUGUACCGGAGUUGCACGUCCUGCCAAACAGCCAUGAUAUUGAUGAUGUGAGCAUGACAAAUGAGCCUGUCUCACUUGAUCCCAUGGAUUUGUCUCUCACAGGAUCCGUCCAGUCAACUGAGAUUGAGGCGAUCACUUAUGGUGCUGUACCCACUGUAUCAAGGAGAGUUGAUGAGAAUUGUGAAGAUGGGAAUACACCGUCGGGACACAGUGGAACGCUUGUCAUGUCCAGUCCUUCCCCAACCUUCUCUGAAUUCUCCUCGUAAUAAUUCAAUAGGUAUGCCAAAAAAAAAUGUGAAAAAUGGAGAAAAGGGGCUGAGAAUCCCUAAUGGUAGGGGUAAAACGAAACUAUUAUACUGUCUUCCAUUGGGCUCCAGUGCUCCAUGCUUCCUUACUUUUUCCUUCGUCUUCGGUUUUGUUUACUCGUUUAGUUAGGGAAAUUGGGGAGAAGUGAUGGGUUAAGGGAGUAUCGAUUUCACUCCAUCAUGUGUCAUACUGAAAUUUAACACCAACUCAGCCAAAACACUCCCAUCUUCAAAGUAAACAUCGAACCGGAGAUCUGGUUUUUUCUCACGAUUGAGUGCCUGAUAGCUACCGAGGAGGAUCUGCUCGUUGUAUCCGUUUUCAAGUGUUAUCAUUCCAUCGGGGUGUUAUUCUAGCCGCUCUUCCCUUCAAAUCCACAAACGGUCAGGACUUUUUAACUCUAGUUAUUCAAAGGACAAGUACACUUCUCUUGUCAAGGAUAUCCUAGUACUACUUUGGAUUCUUUAGUCACUAGCUUUCACAUGAAAAAUAAAAUGAGUCGAAGGGAGAAGUGAGGAAAUGGAGCUUUCGGAAAAAUUGCAGUUCCAGCAUGCGCUAUUUAUGAGUAUUAUGUGUAAAUACAUUGAAAAUGAAUUUUUAUGAUAGAAUAGGUAAUCGCGAUACAAAAAAAGUACUUUUUGACGAUUGUAAUGGCACUCGGUAGAAAGCACUCUUUUUCACUUGUACUAUAAAAAAAAUAAGGGGAGAAAGGGACAUAUUACACCGGUAUUUGGUUUCCGUUGUGCGUGUAGUAAAUCGCAAUUGCGGGGACGUAUUAUAAUAGUGUUAAACUAAACGAACACCAACCGGGACUGGGCUCGUUUGCCUCGCAAUCGCAUAUCACGGGGUCCAACCAAAGUAUCCGGUGGCCUCGUUUCUCACAAACCCUCUUUAAUACCGUGCAAUGCCCGCAGACUGCAAUUUUGUACAUAAAUUUUUAUCGUCAUAGACUAUUAGUGGAUGAUACUCGGUAUACAGUAAAUAAAACUAAGUUAUUUUUUUAAUUAAAUUGACAGAGAUACGUCAUUUGGUUCUGUUACUUCAAUGAUACGUUGGGGAUUUAUUGACUUGCACUGAGAUUUCAAUUGUAGCUUUUCUACCUUCUUCCUCUUUUACACCCUCCAUAUGUCUACAAUGGGAUUGAAAAUAACAUUUUUUAACAUGAACAAUCAUAGUGGCUUCAGAAUUGGAUAUUCAUUGCUGUUGAAUUAUUGAACAGAUGGUUUUUGUAACUGCUGUUGAAAUCUCAUGCAGUUUUGCGGCACGAUAUGAAUUGUUAGGUAAAGAUAACUUUGUAAAAGAAAAAUAAAUCAUCGAUUGGAUAUUGUGGUGAAAUAGGUAAUUAAUGUAAAUUAGGUACCAGUCAAUUCGAAUCUCCGUGCAAUCGACAAAUUCGGCAAUUCGCGGACAAACUUAACUUGUGGAUUUGUGUGAGAGGAUUGCAUUUAAAUCGGAAAUAAUUCUCCAGACUCUUCAGUAUUUAAUUCAUGUAUAAACAUUCGGUGUUUAGUGUGAAAAGAUUGCUCAUGAAUCAUGACUCAUCUUUAUCAAACAAGUAUUAAUAUUUAAGGUAAAUUCGGUGUAAGAGUGAUACUUGGGAAUUAAGCGGGUGUACGAUGCUUAAGGAAAUAAAGCUUUAGAGGAAGUAUUCUACGUUAUCAGGGUUUAUCUGAGAUACAAUGGAAAUGUAAAUAGAUUGCCGUUAUGGAUAACUUGAGUGUUAAUGUGUCUUAUCGAUUUAAUCAUCCGAGAAAAGCAUUAACAGGUGCAAUCUUACUCGUGCCAAGUAAUCAUUUCAACUAUUAAUGAUGUAUAUAUGGUUAUAAAUUAAUGUGCACUAGGGAGGACACAUUUUCAACGACACAAUGCAAUAUCUUUGUGAAAGAUAAAACGCUUAUUAUUGAUUUUUUAAUUUUGUUAUGAAAAAUAAUGGUCAAAAUAUAAACAAUAAUGAGUAAUACUGUAAGGUAAUUAAAGGAUAUGGUCGAAUGUGUACUCAAGUGAUACAAUAGAACAAUGCUUGCCAAACCAUCAAUAAUAUCAUGAAUUUAUUAGCUUUUUUUUUAUAGAGUAUAUCAAUAUUGAUACUUGUUGAAUCUUUGGAAAAUAAUGUUCAUGUAAAUAUUGUACACGCCGGAUGAAGGUUUACGAGUAGAUUGUUGGAAAUCUAUAUGAAUGUUAUAACUCAAAAAAAUAUAGUAUAUGCAGGCCAUUAAUAUUUGUAAUUGAUGCAACAAAAAUCAAAAUCAAACAUGUUGAUCAAAAUAUCUUCAUCGCGAAUAUUUGAUUAUUAAUUACCAUGAAAAACAUCACCAUUAUUCAUGUUGAUAAAUUUUCAAUGGGCGAUUCGUAGGUAAAACUGCUCACUUCCCGCUCAUAUAUUCAUUAUCGUAGGGUCAUCGCACAUUGUAAUUGU